UCGCUAAAGGUGCCAAUUUACUGGGAGGGUAUCAAGCGUCUUGUUGGGAUUUCAGCCUCUACUGUAUACUAUACUGGUGCCCCCAUUAGCAGGCAUAAAUUGGGUGUGGUUAUUGGUGGAGGCGUGGAGCUCAAAAACGAGACUCUAAUGGCCAUGCCUCUCUCUUCUUACUCCCCUUUUCUGUCUCCUCUUCUUCGAAUCAAAUUCGUUUCAAGAAAAUCAUUAAAGCUACGAUUCAGCUGUUGUUCUCCUGUAGUAUUGAAUGCUAGUUAUAGUACCACUACCAGUAGUUUCAGCUGGGAUGAUGUUUAUGGAGUAAUUUCUAAACCAGAUAAUUCAACCUCACAUUCAUCAAAACUCGAUGGGUUUUUCCAAAGAAUCAAAACUUGUAACCGUGGAUUUGAAAUGAAAUCUGAAUUCCUUCCGUUCAUUAUCGAGGAACAAAUUGCUGGAUAUGUUCAUAAUCAGUUCGCCAGCCAUCUAAGGAAAUUCCAGGAUGUUUUUGCAUUUCCUGAGGAUAAUUUGUUUGGUAAUGGUGGUGGUGGUGGCUAUGUUAUAUUGAACCCAUCACUUAAAUCACCAGAGGACAGGACAAAGGCAGUUGGGGAUGUUAUUAAGUGCUUGGGUGAAGGAGUCAUACCAGGUAUACGAAAUGAGCUUUACCCUGUGACAACAUCAUAUGGGGUGCCAGCAUACUUUUCUCUGGAACGUGCAGCUGCUCCAUUCUUCGGAAUUAAGGCUUAUGGCAUCCACUUGAUUGGCUAUGUCGAUAGGGAUGGUGAGAAAUCUUUGUGGAUAGGAAAGAGAAGCGACAUGAAGCCUACUUUCUCUGGAAUGCUUGAUCAUUUAGCUGCUGGAGGACUGCCACAUGGUAUCACAUGUAAAGAGAAUGUAAUGAAAGAAUGCCAAGAGGAAGCAGGAAUACCACGAUCCAUCUCGAAUGGUGCUGUCCCAGUUGGAGCUGUUUCAUAUAUCGACGUCAAUGGGUAUAGCUAUAAGAGAGAUGUUCUCUUUUGUUAUGAUUUGAAGCUUCCUGCUGACUUUGUUCCUACAAAUGAAGAUGGGGAGGUUGAGAGUUUUAGGUUGAUUCCGGUGAAAGACGUUGCAAAUAUCAUACGGAGGACCGAGUUUUUCAAGGCUAACUGUUGUCUCGUCAUCAUUGAUUUCUUAUUUAGACACGGCUAUAUCUGUCCGGAAGAUCCAGGUUACCUAAACCUGUUACAAAGCUUGAGAAGUGGAGAUUGUUCCUGAAAUGUAAAUGUCCUCCUGGUUCAUUCAUUCUCCUUCUGGCCGAUGUUUUCCAAUGUGUUGGUCUUGGUCCGUCCCUGUAGUACAAUUAAACCACAUUUUAAUUCCCUGUCAUGUUUGAAUUUUCAUCUACAGUUCUGUGCAGUCGUAUUAAUAUCGCAAAACCAUGGUUUUCGCUA